AUGUGUGGACGAACAGUCAAUACUCUAGAUGGCCAAGCUGUUAGACGAUACUACCCGAGAGCUCAAAGAUAUGUCGACCAAGAAAAACACAGAGCUCCGCGUUACAAUGUAGCCCCAACCACUUAUCAGCCUGUGCUUCGAUUUGAUCAAACAGCAAAGGAAUACGUUGUCCAUGAAAUGAGGUGGGGACUCAUACCUCACUGGGCAAAGGAAAUGCCUGCAUACGGCGACAGCAUGACCACAAUCAAUGCUAGGGACGAUUCGCUCAUAGAGAAUAAACCAAUGUGGAACGCUCCAAAGCAAUCUGGUCGAUGUGUCGUGAUUUGUGACGGAUUCUAUGAAUGGCUAAAGGAAGGAAAAGAUGGGAAGGAAAGAUCUCCAUACUAUAUAACACGCAAGGAUGGUCAACCUCUUCUAUUUGCAGGACUCUACGACAAGUGUACGCUUGACGAUAACACCAUUUAUUCGUACAGCAUCGUUACUACCCACUCUUCGAAGGACUUUGAAUGGCUUCAUAAUCGAAUGCCCGUAAUUCUACACAAUGAGACAGAAGUCGACAAAUGGAUUUCACCUGGAACAAAAUUCUUGGAAGGUCCUUGCGAUUUGUUACGACCUGCUGAGAAUGUGUUGAAAUGGCAUGCUGUUAGCAAGUUUGUCUCAAAGACUGGGAACGACUCUAUCGAGUGUAUAACGCCGCUCAAAGAUCACAAAAAGCAAGGGAACCUUUCAAGCUUCUUUGGCAAGGCUCCUGCAUCUACCAGCAGUGGUACCCAACCGUCACCAACAUCAACAUCACCCGUCACUGCAGAUGUACAUCCAGAGAAGAGGAAGAGAGAGGACGAUGUAGAUCAUGAAAAGAAGGGCGUACCUUCCGCCAACAGCCAGGAACAUAAAACUGAAACAAUAUCUUCACCACCACCAGCGAAGAAGGUAAUGCCUUCACCCUCAUCGUCGAAAAAGGCCACGCCGGCAAAGUCUAAAUCAAUACCAAAGAAUGGAAUUGCAAACUACUUUAAGCCUGCCUAA